AUGGUUCCAAGUCAGUUGUCAAGUACCCUCGAUGCAGCAUCCGGAGGCAUUCCACAUAUGCUGAUGCUGACGGCAGGAAGAUCUGUCUUUGGCUUUUCCAUUAGCAAGCUUAUGCUUAUCAAAAGGCAUUUCGACACGGGAGGAUUGUCAUAUAUUGCUUCAACUUCAGUUAAGGUGCUUCAAGGCCUGUGGAUGGGUGAUUUAGCGACACUAAAGGGUUCAUGUCCAAAUUGUGGAGAAAAGGUAUUCGCAUUUGUGAAAACGGACAAGGCUGAUGCCUCUUCUCAUAGAGCAGAUUGUCAUGUGUGUGAAUGCUUAUUGGAAUUUCGCACCAAAGUUGAGCAAUCUGAUUUAAGAUGA